GGCUGCUUUGUUUUUGCGCAAGUAAUCCAAUCCAAUUCAUCCAAUGCUGGACCCCUCAACCUGUUGCUUAGGGUAAACGAAACGAGCUCAUACUAUUUUGCUUACCUGACCAAAUCUGCUCAGCACAUGAGUCCACCACAAAACCAAACGAACCCACCCAACUCAACUCACCGAGGGACAUUGAAUCAAGCUGUUACCCAUCGCAUAGAGAUCUAAUCUGUACGCUUGGAAAGAUAAGGAAUACACAAAACAACUAGCUCUUCGGUGUUUCCAGAGAGUCAAUUCGUUAUUCACUCAAAUACCUGGUCCUGUUUCUCUGCAAACACAAUGCUGGGCCCACCUGUAAAUCUGCCUAAAUGGCUAGAAGAAAAUUCCCAUCUCCUCAAGCCUCCCAUCAACAACUAUUGCGUAUACAAUGAUGAUUUUACAGUCAUGAUCGUGGGCGGCCCCAACGCCCGGACCGACUACCACAUCAACCAGACCCCUGAGUGGUUCUACCAGUACAAGGGCGCCAUGAUGCUCAAGGUGGUCGACGACGGCGUCUUCAGGGACAUCAUCAUCCGCGAGGGCGACAUGUUCCUCCUACCGGGCAACACGCCCCACAACCCCGUGAGGUUUGCUGACACCGUCGGUGUCGUGCUGGAGCAGCGUCGGCCCGAGGGCUCCAUCGACCGCAUGCGAUGGUACUGUCAGAACCCGGAUUGUACGCCCGGCCAGGUCGUACACGAGGCGUCCUUCCACUGCACAGAUCUCGGGACGCAGAUCAAGGCUGGGGUCGAGUCGUUCAAGACCGACGAGUCUCUGCGCAAGUGUGGCAAGUGCGGAGAGCUGGCCGACUGGUGCCCCAAGCCUGGUUCAAUCCUGGACCCGAACAAGGCGUGACUUUAUUGCUUGAAGGUUCAGUAUUGAAAUUUUGGCACCAAUCAGCCUAUUUACCAAUGUUUGUAGCAACCUUCUAGAGUCAUUGACCGCUGUAUAUCUUGUAUAUAGUGAGCAGUACGCAAAACCAGUUAUGUACAUGAGUUUUUUACAGGACAGA